AUGGACAAUCUAUUAAGUUCACCAAAGACUAAAGAGAGCUCCAACACUCUAAAGCUAGCCAUUUUCGGAUCAUUAAUUGGCUUAGUUUACAUUGCUGGGGUAUUCAUGGUGUUCUCCGGCCCAAAAGUUUCAAGCUCUGCCAUGUCUCAGUUUGAAGUCGAGGAGCAAGAGUUCAAGAACUACAUCAAUAGAUAUAGCAAAUCUUACAAUCUUGACCAAUACCUUGAGAGAUUCAGAGUUUUCAGAGACAACCUUGGAUUCAUUAGAUCUCAAAACUCCUUACUCACUUUCUUUUAAAUUGGGACAAAAAUAUCCAUGAUUUUUCAUAAAAUAUUUUUAUAAUUAAUUAAUUAAAAGGGUUUAUUAAAAUAAUCAUAGCUAAAUUUUUGAUUUUGGUAGCAUUAAAUUCGAAAUCAAUAUGUUUUAUUUUCAGAGAUUAAUCAAAAAACGGAAUUUGUCCAAUAUUUUGCUUCAGGUGGGUCAGGAAACACCUGGGUUCUUGGAGUUAACCAAUUCACUGAUUUAACACCUCAAGAAUUCAAGGCCAAAUACCUUCAACCCAAAAUCCAAGUCCCAGCUGCCAACUUACAAGCAGCAGAAAUUCCUUUUGUUGGUACAGUUCCAGCCGCUAUUGAUUGGAGAGCUCAAGGAGCAGUCACCCCAGUUGGUACCGAAGGAAACUGCUCUUGUGACUACGCCUUCGCUGCUGUGGGAGCUGUUGAAGGAAUUUGGAAAAUUUCUGGAAAUACCUUGACUGUCCUUUCAGUGCAAGAAAUCAUAGACUGCUCCACUGGCUUUUAUAGCAAUAUAGGCUGUAGUGGAGGAUAUGUUGACUACGUCUAUCAAUUUAUUCAAAUGAAAGGAAUCACCUCAGCCUAG